AUGCAACAUCGAAGACCUGAUGCAUCUUCGAACGCUAGAAACCAGCUUCCACCUCUAGCACCUCGAGGCCAGCAGCCGAACACUGCUACUUCUGCUCAUGCAGACAUCGAAUCUGCUGGCGGAAGUACCUCCUCAACGCGGCCAAGACUAUCCCACCGCUCGAGGGCCGGCUGCUGGACAUGUAGAAAACGAAAAGUCAAGUGUGAUGAGACUCAUCCACGAUGUGGUCCAUGCACCCGCCUGAAUAAAGAAUGCGACUGGGAGUUUCGCUGGAAGUUCGACGAUGUCACCCAAAACACCCAAAACAAGUACUCCAACGUGUCAAUAACAGGCAAUGCUGUCUGGGAUCCACAAGCACCUCGUACAGCAUUGAACAGCAGAAGAUCACUAUCACCUGCUUAUGACAGCCUUCCUUCUUUUGCUGACUUGACGAACGACGAGGACCGUGAGAGAAAAGCUGAGGGCCAGGUGCCUGGUACUUUCAACGUCGUCGUUAACCCUGAAAGUUUCGCUGGCCUUCCAGAAUAUGGACCGAUCCCUAGUUCACGAGGGCGAGGAUCUAGUCUUCAAUCUGGUCGUAACAGCUGGGACAGUCAAAUGUCGGCAGAACCCCUACGGAGUAGGCCAAAGUUGAAUCCUACAACCGGUGAUCCGAAUGUCGUGGUGCUGGCCAAGUUCGAAGACGCGCCCUUAUCCUUACCGAGUCUGGCGAGCUUUCCAAUAGGAAGGAGAACCAGUCUACCCGAUAAUUUGCAUACACUCAACAUAUCUGGAGGAUCGCGAGGUUCCAGCUUGCCAUCCGCACGGCGCAACGAUUCUGUCGCUCAGGGGCUCCGAGACGAGAGACUCAUGGUCCAUUAUCGAGGCUUCAUCUCGAAGCGCAUAUUUCCUAUUGGCAAGAACUUGCUCGUCGACAGACCGAUGCAAGAUGACCCCAUCGUUGCUGAAGCCAGAGACUUUCCUCCUCUAUACCAUGCAAUAUGUGCAGUCUCUCUGCUCAGUCUAGCACUCAAAGGUCAACAACAACUCUUGACUGAAGCUUUUCAGCACUACCAUCAAGCUAUAUCCUCCAGCCUCUCGUCGCCGUCAGAUUUCCACUCCGACCGACUUCUCUAUCUACAUUUUCUGCUACUGGUAUACGACAUUAGCUAUGCGACCCAAGGCUCGAGCAACACACAAGAGGUCUUCAACAUGAACAUGUGGGAACACCACAUCCAACACCUCAUCAGGAUAGCUCAGCAUCGCAAAGGACAGUCGAACGGAACGCUGCAAGCAUAUAUCCUGUGGUACGUGCUUUACCUCGACAAACAAGCUUGCUUGUCAGGGAAUGGCAAUGCGCUCUUCGUUCAGGCCUUUCUUACGAAUGAUUUGACUAUGCCAGACUGGAAUCGCAUCUUUUCUAGCCUCGACACCUCACAACAGGCUGGGCGCUACCACGGCGAAGACACGAGUGCUUAUGCUGACAUCUUCACAUUCGCACGACAAGUAUGCAUCCAAGGUGCUAAAUUGUGCCAGGUGCAACUCAAACUGCGCGCUGAGGCCACAGCACAAACUCUGCGUGGUCCGCAAGGCAGCCAGGUAGUAGCCGCGUGCACACAGAUGGUCACUCAAUUGCAAAGCGAGCUCUAUGCAUCAUGGCACCGCUACUGCCCUCCUUACCUCUUCCAGCCAAAUGCCGAAUACACCACAGGUCAACUUCCUCUCAUGGCCCGCAUCUUCCUAGACUACACGCAACUACAAUUCAGCACUUGGGUUGUUUACUCAAACAGCUCGCUCUACCCAACCCAACUUUUCCACCUGACACCAUCUCAACGCGCCGAAACCCGCCUUCACAGCCUGAAAAUCCUCUCCAUCGCCGACGCCGCUGUCGCACUGCAGAACUACGAUCAACAUCAACUCGUUUUCCCCGUGUUUAUCGUAGGCGUUGCGAACUUGGAUAUGGAGAUCCAGUCACGAGCCAUCGAACUGUUGAGAGUCUUGGAAGGCACGGGCAUAUCAAGAAACGCCACUAGGAGUCGGGAACUGUUGAGCACGGUCUUUGAUGAGCAAAGGGCAAGGGUACUGAAUGGAGGAAGAGCGGAAGAGGUGGACUGGAUUGACGUGUCAAAGGCAAAAGGUAUGGGUGUUGUCAACUUUGGGCUUUGA